GAAGACAUGGUAAAUUGAGUUAGCUUUACAAUGGAGGUGGUUUCAAGUCGUUUGGAGCUGUAUUGAGGGAUUUAUGAUCAAAAUACUACACACAUAUCAGUGUGUGCAACAUGGAGAAAGUGGAGAAAACUUUAAUGAGUGAGUUUUAUCUCUUUAAAGCUUGCAACAUGGGGGAUGGGUUGUCUAUCAUGAGUUUGGUGGCUCUUUUGGCCUAACUUUCUCUACCUUUUCUGAAGAGGCAAGACUACUUUGGCCAUAUGAAGGGGCAAAAGGUGUUCUAUAAUGGAAGAAAGUGGAGAAUAACUUUUAUGAGUGUGUUUUAUGCUUUAUGCUUUCACAUGAUGGAUGUGUUGUCAUCCUCCUUUACUUAGGCUAUAAAAGAGACUGCAAGGGGAAGGAGGAAGACACAAUACACAGAGUACAAUACAACAAAGAGUAGAGAGUGAAAGUUUUAUAGUUUCAUAUUUUGUAUUUUGAGAGUUUGAGAGAAAACAUUUGUUCUUGGAGUGUUCUUGAAGUUUAUGUUAUAAAGUCUUGUUUUCCUUUAGCCAUUCUCUUCAUCUAAUUUCUGUUUCUUGUUUUCAUAUAUCAUAUCAUCUUGGUUAUGCUUCUAUCCAUCAUGGGAUUAAGUGUAAACAAGAUGAUUAGUGAGUAAUCACCCUUAGGAUCAAUGGGUUAGGUAGAUUAAUGGGUGAUUAGGGAAGAGUUAAGGUGUUCUAAUGGUUAAAUGCUUAGAUUUCUAUGCUUACUAAGUAUUCUUAAUGCUAGAUUAAUUUUGGCCAUUUUAAUCUAGAUUCUAAGUGUUUGUAGGGCAUCGAAAGUGUUUGCAUAAUGCUUGAAUGGACCUAGUAAAGCUCUAGCUUGAAUAACCAAGGAAUUGUUGUUAGGAUUGCUAGAUGGUUAGUAGACUAGAACUUAAUGUAUGUUUGAGUGAACAAAACGAACGGAAGUUGAUGUUUAGUUCAUAAUUGCAUAAGGGUUUCUACCACGGGAGUGGAUUAAUCUAAAUUGAAUGAAAUCUAGACCUAUAGAAAGUUAAGAUUAUUUGAAGUUAGACGCCUUGAUUUAGAACUAUCACCUUGAAAUCAAUUGCCUAAAUACCCAUUGGUUCUUCUUUGUUAUAUUUGAAUUAAAACUCAAGUUAUUUCGCACUAUUACUUGUUACAAACAAACAUCAUUUGAUUGCACUUAGAUUGAGAUAAAUGGCUUGCAUUCUUAGUGCUUAGAAUCACUAGAGAUUGGAUUGACAUCUUAAGUACUACAACACUUAAGGAUUAAACUUAUCCUUUAUCAAGUUUUGGCGCCGUUGCCAUUCUCUAGAUUGAUUUUGACAUUAGGAUUUGGUCAUUACUUGAGACUAAGUCUUAUUUUUCAUUUUUAAGUUACUAAUUAUCUAUCUUCAUCUCUAUUUGGAUGACAGGUGCAUGAACUUGAGAAGCAAAGGAUCAACAAAUCUUGCACCAAGAGUGGACAACAUCAAAGCCUUAGAAAGAGAGUUGGGAAGACAGAGAAGAGAAAGAGAAAAGCAAGCCCACUUACAUAGAUUGGGGCUUGAGAUGGAGAGAAACCCGAAUCAACCGGAAGGUGUCUAUGAAGUUGAUGAUCAUAGACAAAAUGUCCAAGGAGUUCCUCCUGGAGCUGCUCAAGAGGAACAUGGCCAAGGAGCUGCAAACCUUAGGCCUCAAAAUCAACAACGCCUGGGAAGAUCCAUUGGCACUUAUGAUCAACCUAACAUAAAUGGGAAUAGGUUGGGCAUUAGGGCACCGCCAGUUGCCAACAACAAUUUCGAGAUCAAGUCAAGCCUCAUCAACAUGAUUGAAAACAACAAGUACCAUGGACUUGCCUUGGAAGACCCACUAGAUCACCUUGACAGAUUUGAUAAGUACUGUGGCUUGUCAAAAACAAAUGGAGUUUCAGAGGAUGCUUUCAAGCUCAGAUUGUUUCCCUUCUCUUUGGGAGACAAGGCUCACACUUGGGAGAAAAACAUCUCAAGUGAUACUAUCACCACUUGGGAUGAAUGCAAGAAGGCCUUCCUCAACAAGUUCUUCUCAGCUACAAGGACUGCCAACCUUAGAAAUCAGAUCUCUGGUUUUCAACAAAGAGGACUUGAAGGAUUUUUAGACGCAUGGGAGAGAUUCAGAAGCUACCUGUCUCAAUGUCCCCACCAUGGCUUCAACAAUGAGAGCUUGCUAAGCACUUUCUACAGAGGAGUCUUGCCUAAAUUCAAAAGCCAGCUUGACACUGCAAGCAAUGGAAACUUCUUGGGGAGGACUGUGGAAGAUGCUUUAGAACUCUUGGAGAACAUGACACAGAGUGACUCUGUCUACAAUGAUGAAUAUGAUAGAAGAGACAGAGGUGGUGGAGGAGAAGAUAUGACCACAAAGAGAGAGCUGAAAGCACUUCAAGACAAGAUUGACAUGCUACUAUCAGAAAAGACCAAGAAAGAGGAGUUACAUAUGGUUGCUGAAGUUGAUAGAGUAGAAUGCCAAGAAGAUAUGUACUAUGUCAAUGCUCAGGGUACAUGGUACAAGAAGGAGCCUGACUAUCAAUACCAGAACAACUACCAACAGAAACCCUUCUACAACAACCAACAGAAGCCAUUCAACAACUACCAGCCAAGACCAUUCUACAACAAUCAGCCUAAGCCAUUCUACAACAACAACCAAGGUGGUUACCAACCCAAACAGAACUUCCCUCCUGGAUUCUCACCAAAACCAAGUCAACCUGCACAAGACCAAGCUGGAUCAUCAACACAACCUCCACAAGAGAGUAGUACUGAAGCUAUGCUGAAACAAUUAUUGGAGGGACAAGCAAGAAGUGAGAAACAAUUAGGGUAUGAGCUGAAAAAUCUCCACAACAAGAUUGAUGGGAAUUACCAUGAUCUAAACAACAAGUUCAAAGCCUUGGAGAACCAGUUUGUCUCUAUGACAGCCAGCUCAAGUCGCCAACAAGGUUCCCUACCUGGAAAGCCUGAACAAAACCCAAAGGAGACAAUAAAGGCAAUCACCCUAAGGAGUGGAAGAGAGUUGCCUCCUAAAGUUCUCAUUAAGGAUAAUGAGAAACAAGGUGGGGAGGUGGUCAUCAAUGUAGAUGAUGAUGUGGUGAUUGUGGAUGAGAAGACUAAUGAGGAAAUCUUGGAGAAGAUAGUUGAAGCUAAGGGCAAGAGAAAGAUUGGAGAGGAGAAAGUUGAGAACAAAAAUGAGGCUGCUACAUCAACAAAGGAGAAAUUGUUCACUCCUCCUCCCUAUGAGCCAAAGCUUCCCUUUCCUGGAAGAUUCAAGAAGCAACUCCUAGAGAAGUACAAAGCCUUGUUUGACAAGCAAAUGAGUGAAGUUCAUCUCACCAUGCCCAUAAUUGAUGCAUUUAUGCUGGUUCCACAAUACAGCAAGUUCUUGAAAGAUGCUGUAGAACAAAAGAAGAAAGAGAUGGAAGGGAUGGUGAUUCUUACUCAUGAGUGCAGCGCCAUUAUUCAGAGACUGACUGUCCCAAGGAAGCUAGAAGACCCUGGUAGUUUCACCCUGCCAUGCGCCAUUGGACCUUUGACAUUUGAGAGAUGUCUAUGUGAUUUGGGAGCAAGUGUCAGCCUCAUGCCACUAUCCAUUGCCAAGAAGCUUGGGUUUACACAAUAUAAAAAGUGCAAGAUCUCUUUGGUGCUAGCUGAUCGAUCUGUCAAGCUCCCCAUUGGCAUCCUAGAAGAUCUUCCUGUCAAGAUAGGAAAUUGUGAAGUGCCUACUGACUUUGUAGUGCUUGAGAUGGAUGAAGAGCCUAGAGAUCCUUUGAUCUUUGGAAGACCUUUCUUGGCAACUGCUGGAGCAAUGGUGAAUGUGAGAGAUGGCACAAUUGAUCUCCACCUUGAAAAAGAUCACACUCUCCAUUUUGAUAUCAAGGAGAUGAUGAAGAAGCCCACAACUCAAGGAGAAAUAUUCUACAUUGAUGAGAUGGAUGUCUUGGCUGAUGAUUUCCUUGAGGAGUUAGCGAUUGAGGACUCUCUUCAACAUGCCCUGACCAUUGAAAGAGAGACCCAAAUGAUUGAAAACAAGGAGAGUGAUGAGCUAGUAAGAAGGCUAGAUGUUCACCUUGAGGAGGAUGGAGAAGAUGAGUUCAUGGAGUUGCCACAAGUGACUCAACAUGCUGCCUCAGCAGACAUUCAAGAGAACCUCCAUGAAGCUGAUUGGAGUGAGCUCAAGGCACCAAAAGUGGAGCUUAAACCUCUUCCCCAUGGUGUAAGGUAUGCUUUCCUUGGACCUAAUGAGACAUAUCCUGUCAUUGUGAGUAGUGAGCUGACUGAGAAUGAAUUGUCUAUGCUUUUAAAUGAACUUAAAAAGUAUAGAAAAGCACUAGGAUACUCACUUGAUGACAUUAAAGGAAUCUCACCAUCUUUGUGCAUGCAUAGGAUACAUCUAGAGGAUGAAUCUAAAACUUCAAUUGAACACCAAAGAAGAUUAAAUCCUAAUUUGAAAGAUGUUGUUAAAAAAGAGAUAAUCAAAUUGUUAGAUGCUGGUGUGAUCUAUCCUAUCUCUGAUAGCAAUUGGGUUUCACCUGUGCAUGUAGUUCCUAAAAAGGGUGGCAUAACAGUUGUUAAGAACGAAAAUGAUGAGUUAAUACCAACAAGAACAAUAACUGGACAUAGGAUGUGCAUUGACUAUCGAAAACUGAAUGCAGCCUCUAGAAAGGAUCAUUUCCCUUUACCAUUCAUUGAUCAGAUGUUAGAGAGGCUAGCUAACCAUCCCUAUUAUUGUUUCCUUGAUGGAUACUCUGGAUUUUUCCAAAUCCCUAUACACCCAAAUGACCAAGAGAAAACGACAUUCACUUGUCCUUAUGGUACCUUUGCAUAUCGAAGGAUGCCAUUUGGACUGUGCAAUGCACCAGCAACAUUCCAAAGAGCAAUGAUGUCGAUUUUCUCUGAUCUUAUUGAGGAUGUAAUGGAGGUGUUUAUGGAUGAUUUUUCUGUAUACGGUUCUUCGUUUGCUACUUGUUUGUCAAAUCUUUGCAGGGUAUUACAGAGAUGUGAGGACACUAACCUGGUGCUCAAUUGGGAGAAGUGUCACUUCAUGGUCAAGGAAGGGAUUGUUCUUGGACACAAAGUUUCUGAGAAAGGAAUUGAAGUGGACAAAGCCAAGAUAGAUGUCAUGGUUGGUCUAGCUCCACCAAGAACAGUGAAGGAUAUAAGAAGCUUCCUUGGCCAUGCUGGUUUCUACAGAAGGUUCAUCAAAGACUUCUCCAAAAUAGCUAGACCAUUGACCAAGCUGCUGUGCAAGGAGAUCAUCUUCAACUUUGAUGAAGAAUGCCUAGAAGCCUUUAAGAAGCUGAAGGAGGAGCUCACCAGUGCCCCAAUAGUUCAACCACCAGAUUGGAGUCUACCCUUCGAAAUCAUGUGCGACGCCAGUGACUAUGCUGUGGGGGCAGUCUUGGGGCAAAAGAAGGACAAGAAGACACAUGUGAUCUACUAUGCUAGUAGAACACUUGAUGAUGCCCAAAUGAAGUAUGCCACAACUGAGAAGGAGCUGUUGGCAAUUGUCUAUGCCUUCGAGAAGUUCAGGAGCUACCUGGUAGGGUCUAAGGUCAUUGUAUACACUGAUCAUGCUGCACUACGACAUCUACUAGCCAAGAAGGAUGCCAAGCCAAGGCUGCUCAGAUGGAUAUUAAUACUACAAGAGUUUGAUCUCGAAAUCAAGGACAAGCCAGGAGUGGAGAAUGGUGUAGCUGAUCACCUUUCAAGAUUAAGAGUGGAGUGUGGGAUUCCUAUUGAUGAGGGACUCCCUGAAGAGCAGAUUAUGGCUAUAGAAGCAAUGGUCACAGCUUGUGAGACUGGAAGGAAGAUUGAAGAAAUGAAGGCAAUUGAUGAAACAGGCCCAUGGUAUGCUGAUCUAGUGAACUACUUGGCAUGUGGAAGGGAACCAUUGAAUCUGACAGGCUAUGCAAGGAAGAAGUUCUUCAAGGAUGUGAAGAGAUACUACUGGGACGAGCCUUACCUCUACACUCUUUGCAAAGAUCAAAUCUAUAGAAGAGUAGUAGCUCAAGAGGAGGUGGAAGGAAUCCUCACACACUGCCAUGGAUCAGCCUAUGGAGGUCACUUUGCCACCUUCAAGACUGUCUCCAAGGUGCUACAAGCAGGAUUUUGGUGGCCCCAUAUGUUCAAAGACACACAAGAGUUUGUGUCAAGGUGUGACCCAUGCCAAAGGAGAGGGAACAUCACCAAGAGAAAUGAGAUGCCUCAAAAUCCUAUCUUGGAAGUGGAAGUGUUUGAUGUGUGGGGCAUUGACUUCAUGGGACCAUUCCCAUCUUCCUAUGGUAAUGAAUACAUUCUUGUUGCUGUGGAUUAUGUCUCCAAAUGGGUGGAAGCUAUAGCCAGCCCAACCAAUGAUGCUAAGGUUGUCCUCAAGAUGUUCAAGAGCAUUAUCUUCCCAAGGUUUGGAGUCCCAAGAGUUGUGAUCAGUGAUGGAGGCACCCACUUCAUCAACAAACUUUUUGAGAACCUUCUUAAGAAGAAUGGUGUCAAGCACAAGGUGGCAACUGCUUAUCAUCCCCAAACAAGUGGCCAAGUUGAGAUUUCCAACAGGGAGAUAAAGUCCAUUUUGGAGAAGACUGUGGGGACAACAAGGAAGGAUUGGUCUACAAAGCUUGAUGAUGCACUUUGGGCCUAUAGGACUGCUUUCAAGACACCCUUGGGAACCACUCCCUUCAAUCUUGUCUAUGGGAAAGCUUGCCAUCUGCCAGUGGAGCUUGAGUACAAGGCAUUAUGGGCUGUUAAGAUGCUGAACUUUGACAUCAAGAGUGCCAAAGAGAAAAGACUUUUCCAACUCCAUGAGCUUGAUGAGAUUCGACUUGAUGCUUUUGAGAACUCAAGGAUUUACAAAGAAAAGACCAAGGCAUUCCAUGACAAGAAGAUCCUGAAGAGGGAGUUCAACAUUGGUGGUCAAGUGUUGCUCUUCAACUCUCGAUUGAAGUUGUUCCCUGGAAAACUUAAGUCAAGAUGGUCCGGCCCUUUCAAGAUCAAAGAAGUGAGGCCAUAUGGAGCAAUUGUGCUUUGGAACAAGACCGGUGGGGACUUUACAGUGAAUGGGCAAAGAGUCAAGCUGUACAUGGCGGCCACACCUGAGAAGGAAGGAACCUCGGUUCCACUUACCGAUCCCAAACCAGCCUAAACCAAAAAAGGGUAGUCAAGCUAGAGACUUAAAACAAGCUCACUUGGGAGGAAGUCCCACAUCUAUCCCUAUAUAUAUUACUGUUUUACUUGUGUGGUUUUUCUUUUGUGUGUUUGAUAAGUGUGUUUAAAAUUUUCAGGUGAUUCUCCACUUAAUCAAAAAAGAAAGAUGGCCAUCCAGCAAAGCUACAAGUGUUAAAAUUAUUCAACUCCAAGCUAAGUGUCUCUACAACCAUUGUAAAUAUAUAGUUUUCAUGUUUGUUUCUUCUAGACCUCUUCUUUCACCUUGCUCUCACACAAGAGACUGUGUGAAGUAAGUGUGGGGGGGAGAGUCUACUUAUCUCACAUGUUUUCUGUUUUGUUUACUUGUCAUAAGCAUUGCAUAUCCAUUUGCAUAGAAAAUCCAUAAAAAUUUGCAAAAUUCCAAAAAUUACAAAAAAAAAAAACAUUUAGUUAUAUCAUUUGCAUCUUUAGGUUUGAGUCUAGAUCAUAUAGAAUGCAUAGGUAAAAUCCCUACAAAGGACUCAUGCAAUGAACUCAUUGUUGAUACCCUUUUGAAUCAUAAUAAGUAGCUUGAGCUUCUUCUGAAUUUCUUGUAGACUUCGAGCCUUGAAAACUCCUCUUAAGACUCAUUGAAUCUUACUCUUUGAAACCAACUCCGAUCUUAGUUGACUUAAAUGAACUUAAUGCUUCUUGCUUAUGGUCUCUUGAGUACUAAAUCAUGGCUUUACACACACUUGAGCUUGUAUAAACCGUUUUACCAAUCUUUUUGACAACUCAAGUGGUAGUCCAUACCCUAAACCCUUCCCUUCUUUCAAACCAUCAUUAAUUGUUGAGUGAGGUCUUUUUGUGAAAGCUUGUCAUGUGCAAAAUCUUGAAAGUAUUAGGAGCGACAUUGAUUUGUUCUCAUCUCUUGCUAGCAUUAGGACCUCUUUUGGGCUAGCAUCUAGGAUGGUGGUUGGAAUGAUGUGCUUUAAUUAUUUUGAUCUUGGGGAUUGAAUUGGGAAA